UGUUCACUUCACAUUUUGGUGGCAUCAAAUACAGUAAGCAGAGGAGAUGGCAACAACAGCCCAACCAAUGAGCAACCUACCCAGUGGGCUCAGUGUAUUUAAAACUUUUCCUGAAUUACUCAUCAUCCCAGAACUUGUUUUUGGUGGGCUUGUUUGGAUCCUUGUGGCAUCAACAAAUGUGUAUAUGAUGAAUCCUCAGGGGUGGGUGAUGUUUGUGUCGGUGUUCUGCUUCGUAUUUACAUUCCUCUGGCUGCUGCUCUUCAUCAUUGGUGUGAUCCGGAAUAGCUAUAUGUGGGCAACACUGGACAUGGCUUACCACGCGCUUGCAGCUUUCUUUUCCCUGAGUGCUUCAGUUGCACUAGCCUAUGUUACAUCAGUUUUGGGUCAAGUCAAUUUAGGAGAUGAUAUUCUUUUCCAGUCCUACCAGGAAGACAUAGCUGCAGUAGUGUUUUCCUAUAUCGCUACCCUGCUCUAUACAAUCCAUGCAGUGAUGUCUACUUGCAGAUGGAAAUCCUCUUAAAGGCAUCGGGCACCAAAAACAACACAGCAAUACUGGAUCCACUUAAAAGACAAGAAUAUGCAAGUCUAUGGUUCUUGGUAAUGGAAGUCUAUUGCUCUUAGUUACCAUUCAGUAAAGGUUUAAUGAAAACAUAGGUGAGAGAUGAUAUAAGAAGCAACAAACUAUUUAAUAAGUGAACAGUUUUGUUUUAUAUUUUAAUUCCACGUGCUUUCUUUUAUUGAAUAUGGACCAUAGAAGCAAUUUACGGUCCAGCUAUUGAAAAGUACACCUGAUUUAAUUUUUAAAAUAAAACAUACAUAUUUGUUUCUCAAAGGAUUGUUAAGUAUUUUCACACCAAAAACGUACAUGUUUUGGAUUGUUUAUUACCCAGCAUAUACCAGUACAUACAUGCUUGUAUUCUUUGGUUUUUAUUUGCAUUUUUUCAGUGUCCUUCCUUAUUUGCAAUAGAAUAGUAGGAUAGAUUUUGAGAAUAAAACUGGCCGUUACUACUACACUGUGUUAUUUUCAUAGAAAUUGAUGUUUAUUAAAAGAACUGAACUAUCUGUCGAAAGAAUUUGACUACACAAAACUAAAGUGUGACAUAUGUGCAGCCUUAUCUACAGUACAUACACCCACCUUUACAAUAACCCCUGGCAUUAAUCAGGGCAUAGAAAUGACUGCAUGGCAAAUUACAUAAAUGGCUUUUUGAUAUUUACAUUGGCUUAUGGUUUAUUUGUUAGGGUGCCACUCUUCCCCACAAUGAAACCGAUUUAUAAACUGAAUGUAAUUGAAAGUGCUACAGACGUCCUUUGGAUAAAACAUGUGUAAUUCA